AUGAGCCGCCGCGGUGGGGUCGGGGCUGCGGGGUUCAGCGAGGAGUGCGAGGACGAUGAGGAAGAGGAGGCGCCGGAGGGCGGCGCGGCGGGCUCUCCGGGGUCCAAGCUACCUCCCAUCGCGGGCAGCACCUCAGAACCGGCCAAACGGAAGGUGAAGAAGAAAAAGAAGAAGAAGAAGAAGACCAAGGGGUCGGGCAAGGGGGACGCAGAUAAACAUCAGAGUCGAGGCCUGAAGAGUCAGCCACUUUCUUCAUCCUUCCAUGACAUCUUAAAUCCCAGCAAAGACCAUGGUGCCAAGUCAGAGCCCAAACCGGACAAAGAGGCAAACAAGCACAGCCCUUCCUACUCCUGCACCGUGGUGAGCCUGCCCCCCUUUGCCGAAGUGGAAGAGAACCUUUCCAACCAAAUCAACGAGAGCCUGCGUUGGGAUGGGAUUCUCGCUGACCCAGAGGCAGAAAAAGAAAGGAUUCGCGUAUAUAAAGUGAACCGGAGGAAGCGGUACCGGAUUUUGGCUCUCAAGAGCUUCCACGAGGAUGCCUCUGCUGAGGACAGCCCUGAGAACUUACCCUACCUCUCAGACAAGGACUGCAGGGCCAGCAGCAGGCCACCAGCGGCGAAAACCGACUGCUCUCAUCACUUCUUAGAAGGAAAUCUCUCUGCGAAGCUCCUACCCUCUGAUGUAGGCACUGCUGUGCCAGAGUGA